GCUCCCAACACAUCGAGAAAAAGUCAGCAAAACAGGGAAGCAGAAUCCGACGGCGUCUGUACUUGAAAGUGCAAAUUAUCAAGUCUUCCCCCAUCCACCAAUGGAUGAGACGAGACUGGGGCCCACUUUCGUCUGGUUCCGUGGCUCGUGUUCUGGUGUCGGAUUGCAGUGGAAACGCUGAACCCACAUGGGCGAUCAAUAUGGGCUGAAGGCAUAUUAAAAAUACCAAGAUCUAUCCAAGUUCUUUUGAUGGCAAAAACAGAGGAUAAUCUUCUCAACCACCCCAAUUUAUUUAAUUAGUUUGAAUAAAGAAUUCCUGAAAGUCAACUAGACUGUUCAACUUGUUGCCACCAUCCUUUUCCCAUAUCUUUUCUUAUUGGAUCCAGUAGCUCUAUCAAUAUUUAAUUGAACGUGUAUUCUUCAUUUCAUGGAGUUGAAAAGAAAUUUGUCAGAAACAGAGGGUGUUGUAAAGGAAUUCGCUCAAGCUGAAUAAAGAAAGUAUGAAAUUUUGGAGAGAGAGAGAGGAUGUAGAUGGGACCACGUCCGAGAGCUAAAUGAAAGACCAGGAUUUGUUUAUGGGCAACAUGUUCAGCAGUCAGGAAGACUCACUUUCGUAUAUAAAUCUUCAUCCGUUUCAGAAAGUUAGUCCCGUACUAUUGCUGCUUUAGACUCUCCCGGAGUUCAUUUCAGAGAGGGAUGUAAUACUAAAAUAUCUGCUUUUCUAUAUCUGUCUACUAAGAUGGGACGAGUACUUGCAACUACCCUCCUCUCUUGUACCUUGCUGCUGUUUUUUGUUCCUUCCUUUUCGCAUCCUUUAUGCAUUGAUUCAACGGCACCCUUCACCCUGAACAGCACUCUAAAGUUUUGUUCUUACAAUGGGAGCUCGUGCUGCAACUCCGCAGAAGAUUUACAAUUACAGAAGCAAUUCCAAGCCAUGAAUAUCUCUGAUCCUAACUGUGCUUCUGUUGUGAAAUCAAUACUCUGCGCGAGAUGCGAUCCAUUUUCGGCUGAGCUAUUUACAGUCGUUUCUACGCCCCGGCCAGUUCCUGUACUUUGCAACUCCACUGUUUCAGUGAAUUCAUCCCAAUCUAGCCAAGCAGCAACAAACUUCUGCUCCAGUGUAUGGGAUAAAUGCCAAAAUGUGUCUUUCGUGAAUUCUCCCUUUGCCCCUUCACUGAAAGGUCAAGCUGGAUUACCUGCGAAUUCCAAUGCUAGCAAACUGACCCAGUACUGGCAAUCAGAAACUGAUUUCUGUAAUGCAUUUGGUGGGGCGUCUAGUGAUGGAUCGGUUUGUUAUGAUGGGCAACCUGUUAUGCUAAAUAACACUGGAACUCCUAGCCCUCCACAUGGCUUGUGCCUUGAGAAAAUAGGGAAUGGAUCUUACCUCAACAUGGCUGCUCAUCCUGAUAAGUCAAACCGUGCAUUUUUCGCUAACCAGCAAGGUAAGAUUUGGUUGGCAACUAUUCCUAAACAAAGAGCGGGAAGCACAUUGGAGCUUGAUGAGUCCAAUCCCUUUUUAGAUCUAACUGAUGAAGUAUAUUUUGAUACUCAAUUUGGGAUGAUGGGUAUGGCAUUUCACCCAAACUUUGCACAAAAUGGGCGAUUGUUUGCUUCCUUCAAUUGUGAUAAGGUUAAGUGGCCAGGAUGUACUGGAAGAUGUUCAUGUAACUCUGACGUUGAUUGUGAUCCUUCAAAGCUAGAACCUGAUGCUGGUGCCCAGCCAUGCCAGUAUCAAACUGUUAUUGCAGAGUAUACUGUUAAUGGCACCUCAUCCCAGCUUUCCUUGGCAACGAAUGCCAAACCAACAGAAGUGAGAAGGAUAUUUACAAUGGGCCUUCCAUUUACGUCUCAACAUGGAGGGCAGAUACUAUUUGGACCUGCCGAUGGAUAUUUGUACUUCAUGAUGGGAGAUGGUGGUGGUACAGGUGAUCCUUACAAUUUUGCCCAAAACAAGAAGUCAGUGCUUGGAAAGAUUAUGAGGCUUGACAUAAAUAGCAUACCCAGCGCUGAAGAAAUUGAUAAACUUGGUCGUUGGGGAAACUAUUCUAUUCCCCCGGAUAAUCCCUAUAAGGAAGAUAGAGAAUUGCUGCCUGAAAUAUGGGCUUAUGGAUUAAGAAAUCCUUGGCGCUGUAGUUUUGAUUCAGAAAGGCCUUCCUACUUCAUGUGUGGAGAUGUUGGGCAGGAUAAAUAUGAAGAGGUGGAUCUCAUCACUAAGAAUGGAAACUAUGGCUGGCGUGUUUAUGAGGGCCCCUACUCAUACACUCCUCCUGAGUCACCUGGGGGCAAUACAACUCCAAGCUCCAUAAGCCCAAUUUUUCCAGUAAUGGGAUAUUCUCAUUCUGAUGUAAAUAAAGAAGAAGGGUCUGCAUCAAUCACUGCUGGCUAUUUUUAUCGGUCUACGACUGAUCCUUGCAUGUAUGGAAGGUACUUGUAUACAGAUUUGUAUGCAGCUGCCCUGUGGUCUGGUACUGAGUCUCCACAAGACAGUGGGAACUUUACCUCUAGUGAAAUUCCUUUCAGUUGUGCGGCCGACUCUCCUCUACCAUGCAGCUUGUUGAAAGGAAGUUCUCUUCCUGCUUUGGGGUAUGCUUUCUCAUUUGGGGAGGACAACAACAAGGAUAUUUUUAUCCUUACCAACAGUGGUGUUUACAGAGUCGUCAGCCCUAGUCGUUGUAAUUACACUUGCUCAAAGGAAAAUGCCACAACUGUUGCUAGCCCAGAACUCCAAGUCUCAGAGAAAUGGAUGCAGGAAAGAAGCGGAUCUUAUUUUUACUAACCUCUUCAGGUAUAGGAACAAAGAUAUCUGAUUAUAGUAUCAACAAAAUCUUAAAGCAAUUGUAUAAACUCUCUCUCUCUCUCUCUCUCUCUCUCUCUCUCUCUCUCUCUCUCUCUCUCUGUUUUUAUAGCUAUCUAAUCGACAUGAUCUUGGAAUAAGGAUCAAAAUCUUCGAAGCAUCUUUCAUUUGACAAUGCUCACCAUAAUUUGUGUGAGUUGACUUUUAAUCCGGCAAUGCUUUGCUGGUCCAUCUCCUGGCUCUUGUGAUCCAAAUCCGUGACACAUGAAAAUUCUUCUUCCACA